AUGUGUGCAGGCCGCCUGUCGCUGCAAGUCGUGGCCGACUUUUUGGAGCACUGGGAGCUGCACCAGACCCUUUCCGUCCUCAAGCUGGAGACAGACAUGGCGACAGAGGACCUCUUGUCGACAGAGGAGCUCGGGUCUAUCGUGGCGAAUGGUGCCGUGGUGGGAAAGGGCGAGAUGAAGACGCCUGAGGGAAAAACCUCGCCGGUGAUGCUCCAGAAAAGCUGCUAG